CUAUGGGCCGGGCAGGGCUUGUAAGAUCAUACACGCAUGCGCAUAUUUCAGCACUGAUUUUCAACAACGGUUCUCCUACAUCCCCUGUCCAUUAUAGUCUCCAGACUUGGUUCGCUAAACUAGAGCAAGAUGGUGUCUCACUUGUAUCAGCGACGUGGCUGAGGCAGGUGGUUAAUGGACUGAAGAACAUCAGAAUACUAGACGCCUCGUGGACCAUGUCGGGAGAGGGGAGGGCGGCCUUCCUGGGUGAGAGAUUGGCUGGGGCCCAGCACUUUGACAUUGACGAGGUGUCAGAGCAGAGUUCUCCCUAUCCUCACAUGAUCCCUUCCCCUCACCGCUUCCAGACCCUCGUGGCCAAGAUGGGAGUGGGUAAUGGAGAUCAUGUGGUGGUGUAUGAUGGACACAGUGAGGGACUGAUGGCCUCUGCUAGAGUCUGGUGGAUGUUCAGAUUGUUUGGUCACGAGAGAGUGUCGGUGCUGGAUGGGGGUCUGAGGAGGUGGAAAUUUCACUGGUUCCCCACAGUCUCAGGGGAACCCCACACACCAGAGGCCACUAAUUUCACUGCAUCUUUCAACCCUCACUUUCUCAGGAAUUAUGAGCAGAUGUUGGAUAACCACACAUCUCGUCACAAACAGGUUGUAGAUGCACGUAGCAGUGCCAGGUUCAAAGGUGAUGUCCCGGAGCCCCGCCCCUCUCUGCCCAGUGGAGGGAUGAAGGGAGCAGUCAACCUCCACUACAGCAGACUACUGGAUGCUCAGUGGGGUACUGUCAAGACCAGGAGCCUUCUGGCCUCAGAGUUCCAGAGGUCAGAAGUGGACUUAACCCAACCAGUGGUUGCCACAUGUGGUAGUGGUGUCACUGCAGCUAUCAUUGCUCUAGCUGCACACUCUCUCAACACC